AUGUCUCUCUCGGCAAAGGCGCUACGCCCGGCCGCUCUGCGCCAGAGCGUUCUCGGAGCGGCGAGGGUUCAAUGUCGAUACAUGUCCAUGCCCUCCAAGGGAAAGAUUCUGCGAGAGAUGCAGAAGGCGGCUUCUAAGGAUACCAAGAAGACGGAUACUCAAUCGAUGUCGGCGAUCCAGAAGAAGGCCAACGAUGAGUACUUUAAGGGUGGAGGUGGUCCUCUAUUUCCUGGCACAUUCGUCUCUCUCCCAUUCUCACGAUACCCCUCCGGCGCCUCCAAUCUACUCAACUACUCAUGGUACCGGCUCCGACAAUUCGGUUUCGAAUACCUGUCUCUCCUCCAGUGGAAGCUCAAGUCUAUGCCCGACUGGACAACACGACCCAAGUGGAAGAUCGCCCGAAGCAAGAUCGCGCCUACAGCGAAGAACAUGUACAUAGAGAUGCUCGGGGCUUUUGCUGCUGGUGACAAGGCUGCUAUCAACGAGUUAUGUCUGGGCCAGUUCGGAAAGAAGCUCAUCGCCGCUAUCGAUCGUCGAAAUCCCGCUGAGCGUGUCACAUUUGAGUUGGUCAAGCUCAAUUCGACAUGGGCGUACCCUCGUGUAAUGGCACACCAGGUCCACAACGUGAACCCCCACGAUAAGGAGCACAGCACAGAGCAGGCCGUUGUUGCGAUUGCCUCGACACAAAGGGUAGCGAAAUACAAGAAGGCCACGGGCGAGCUUAUCCCCGGGAGCACUAAGGUGCAGGACAAGAUUGAAUACGUGGUGGUUUCACGACAGAUCAGCGAGAAGACAUUCCAAUCUGGCCAAUGGCGCAUAUGGGGAACCAUUUCUCCAACAACUCUGGAGGCGUUCCAGGAGGAGCAGGACUGGAUCACCAGGGAACAGGCCAAGCGAGCUGGAUGGGAAGGGCCUCUGAAAUAA